GUCGAAAUAUGCACUUUUGGGCCCAUUGCACGUGAACGCCCAUCCCUGCGUGACCAUGGAGAGCGACUUCCUUGGUGCUGCGUAUACAUGAUCACGCUGGGUGUACUCUCUGGCAUAGCGUCAUCACAGACGCGAAGCUGGUUGCAUCCACGGCAGUAUCCCAAGUGUCGUGAGAUGGUUCCAAGGAAAGGUGAUUAAGUACAGUACUGUGCGGGACCUUUAAAACAACAAUCGCUAUCAUAUUUGUACUGAAACGUAUCUUUCCCUGAGAGUCGAGCGUUGAAGCACUCGGCGUCACGUAGCUAUGACAGACAAGCCCAAUCCGCUGAUCGAUGCGCUGCCUCCGAAAUCAGAUUAUCUCACCUACCUGACCAUCGUCGAAUACAACCUGAACGUAGAGAACUUGCCGACUUUGCACGAUGUGUUGCAGGACGAGGCAUUAACGACGAAUAUCGGAUGGGACCUUGUUCACCUGCUCGUUCCACUUCUUCCGGAAUCCGAGCACUGUCUACAAGAUGUGGCCAAUUUGGGGAAUCCUCGAGAGGUGAUUCUCAAAGUCACGGAGAGUCUACGCCUGAUCGAUUACGAGAAUAUUCAAAUUCCAGAGUCGCUGGCCGAUCAAGACGAUGAGGACGAUAUUCGCGCGCGAGCGGAUGCAUCGUCGUAUCCUCUCAAAACUUCUCUUCCUGUAGGUAAAUCGGAAGUGCCUGGGUCGGAGCAGUCGCAGGCCGUUGAAGCAGCGCCGCCACUACCAUUGCCUAUCAAUCAGUUCAUUGCUCUCUUGUCCAUGUUACCGAUCUUGCACCGGCGCAUCAAAACGAAGUAUCCAAGUCGAUUCUUGAGCACUUCCCUACAAGCAGUUCUCGCCAGUUUCUCAAAUGCCUCCAGUAACCGCGAGGAAAUCGUCGACGCCAUCGUGCGGAUGGUAAAAACGAUGUCGGGUGUACACAGGCCGCUCCUACCGGCCCGGAGAAGUAGUAAUAUGAUCAACACCACCACCUCCGCAGCAGCAAAGACAGGUGCUGACCCUGAAGGGGGAGAAAGCUCCACGCCAGCAGCUGAAGACAGCGCUAUCCAAAACAAGCUCUUCCAAGCAUUCGUCACGCAUGUUAUGGAGGAGUAUAUGCUCAAUCUACCUCGUCAAGAUGGCGUCUCUGGUAUGGCAUGGUGUAGUAGGAUUAUGGAGAAAUUAUACCCUGAUCGUCAAGUCCUUCGAGCGCAGAGCUUCACCGAUCGCUUUCAUACCGACGAAAGUCUCGAAAAAAUCGCCGAUGCUGUCGGAAACCUUACUGCACUCGCCAAAGACUUGAGAAUCUCCGACCAGGACCUGCUUGAAGUAGCGAUCACUGUGGAAAAACUGCCAGCUCAUACGGGCGACGAGGAGGAACCCCCUAAAUCCGCCGAGGACAUUCCCCUCUCUCGACUGGGAUCGCUACUGCUCUAUGCUGCCCGAAGGUCCUCGAACGUGUUGUAUGACGGCGCCUCGCGCGACCGCGCCUCUUUCUCACUUUUCCCAGAUCACCACGAGUUGAUCAAAAACUGCCUUGCAUCCCCCGAACUGGGUGCAGGUCAAUUGGGCACUGAGCCUGAAGCGCUGAUUGAUUCGGUGCUCGCGCUGAGCUUAGUAUGCCUCGAAGGCGACUCGAUCGGCGUGCCCAACUCCGAUGACGACUUCAACCAUUAUCUCCAGACAAUUGCAUUUCUUUCAUCUAAUUGCCCUGACGCGAAUCUGAGAGGCCAUGCCCACUAUAUCACCACCACGGUUCUACGUUCCCAGCCGAACGAUAGAGUCCGUCUGGAUUUCAUCCGUGAUACGCUGGAGCAUUGCCCUUACGAGAAUCUCAAGGUCUCUGCAGUUGGCUGGAUCAAAGGCGAAACUAUAGAGUCCAAUCCUCCAUCACCAACACCGGAACAUGAUCAUAGCGAGAGAUCCAUUUUUGCGUCACCAUACGCUCUUGACAGUUUAGGAGCCUACCUGUUCCCUGCUAUACAAGCACUGGGGCCUGAUGCGCACAUAGGAGAUGCCUGGAUAGACUUCCAGGUGAACGUCUCCUUUUAUCUGGCGAGCUUGAAUUUCUUGUACCUCCUACUCACAGCGGGACAUUUGCACCAGCGGCUUGACAUUCCAGAUCUCUGGAGCAACAACGAUGUGCCUGGGAGCUUUUUGCAGCCCCUGCGCAACCUGGCCACACAGUUCCAGGCAGAGCUGAAAGAGGGCGGCGCGCUGGCCUCAGAGAGCAGCGGCAGCGUGUUGGCGGAAUUGCAACUUUUGGAUGAGACCAUACAGAAAGUCACGAAAGCAGCAAGUCGCUUAAGUAUAUGAUCCAGCUUAUCACAUUGGAUUGAAGGAACAAGAACCAUCGCUUCCUAAGAGAAGGGCAUGAGACCGCUUCUCGUCGGAAACAGUGAAUUUUGAGUAAUAUUCGGACGCGGAGGAUGUCGUAUUUCGCGAUCAGGGAAGAAACUCCCCACGUAGAUACGAUUCGCAAGCUCCAGCUACCAUGUAUUGUAGACGGAAGUUGGUGUUGUAGAGGCAUAAGUUUGGAACGCAUCACAUGACAUGCAAUGCGAGAUAUCAUAACCGUUCGUUCAAUUGAUUUGUGUAGGAAAGACGCAAGGAUUGUGAGAGAACCGGGCCGAAAGCCUACGAGCUAUCAGAGCAUCUGUCCGUGGUUCAUAU